GGCCCAGGAAGUGACGGCUCCGCCGGUGGUCCCUGGGAGUCGGUGUAGUUCGCGGCGCCACCUGUGCGGCCACCGCGGUCCUGGGCGAUGGAGAAUGGAGCGGUGUACAGCCCCACCACGGAGGACAACCCGGGCCCUGCCAGGGGCGCCCGGAGCGGCCUCGCCGCCUACUUCUCUCUAGGCCGGCUUCGGUUGCACCGGCGCUUGCUCAAAGUCUUGCAGCUGUUGCUGUCCCUUCUGGCCUUCAUCUGCGAGGAAGUCGUGUCACAGUGCACUUUGUGUGGAGGACUUUACUUCUUUGAGUUUGUGAGCUGCAGUGCCUUUCUUCUGAGUCUCCUCAUUCUGAUCGUGUACUGCACUCCGGUAUAUGACAGAGUCGACGCUGUCAAAGUCAAGUCAUCGGAUUUCUAUAUUACUUUGGGAACAGGAUGUGUGUUUCUGUUGGCAUCCAUCAUUUUCGUUUCCACACAUGACAGGACCCCAGCUGAGACAGCGGCCACCGUAUUUGGAUUUCUAGCAAGCUUUAUGUUCCUGUGUGACUUUGCCAGUAUGGUCUGGGAGAAGCGACAGGAGUCCCAGAUGAGAAAACCUGAGGCGACAAGGAGGACAGAGGCCACUGAGCCACUUAAUGCUUAAGGACCUAGGGGACAGGUGUCACAUACGGUACAAGCCGCGUAGUGCCCGCGCCCCGGCGGAAGCUCUUGCUGAAGCUGUGUAACUGUUAGCCCACUUGUUUGGGGAGCGAGGGGAAGGGCGGGGAGGCACUUGCAUUCAUGCUGGGCUCCGUGUCAGUCACCGCAGAUGAGCCAGAGAACUUUCUGGUUCAAAAAAAUUUUUUAUAAUAACGGUUAAAACUUCCAUCAAAUGAAAUGGUUUUGUUUUUGUUUUGAGGACAGUUUUUUUCUUUAAAUCACAUAGCUCAACUGAUGAUAUUUUAUUCUCUCAUUGUUACUAGGCCUAGCUUCAAAUUACGCUGUAUAGCCAGCAUGAUUAAGUUCAGAAAUUGUUUUAUUUUUAAAUUAAUUUGCUUAGUAGGUUUUUUUUUUGAUGACCAGAUAAAAUUUAAUGUAUAUUUAAGAGAUCACUAUUUAAAAUGUUGGUCUAGAAUAUAAUACCCAAGCUUGACUGUAUCUCACUCAGCCUUAAAAUUAUAUUGUAACAUUUUAGGAUAAUUAUUAUUAACUCUUUCUGAGGCCCUUUCCCGCACAAUAGAAACGGUAUGGGAGGCGUUGUUAUUUUAUAUGUAUAGCAGAAACAACAUCAGAACCCUGUGUUUAUGCUGCACUUUGUUGUUGAUAAGUGAGGGAAAAAAAGAUUUUUAUGUAACAUAACACAUAGAAAAAUGGAAGAGACUCUUAUGGCUAAGGACCAAAGAUUAAAAAAGAUACACUUCUUGCACAAUACAGUGAUUAUUAAAAACAGGCUUUAACCACUUACCACCGUCUGAAGAGAUAAGUUCUAAGUGCAUGCUGGGAGCUAGAAAUUGGUCCAUUUCCUUGUUGGUAUGUGGCUGUUUCUACCGAAGUUAAUUCAGCUCUGUAGGUGCUAUUCAGUGUUUUCUUUGAAACCUACUCUCUUUAAAACCCCAGGCUUCGAUUUCGUUACCUAUUUGAGAUUCUCCCUUUUCUCUUAUCCACAUGGUCCAUCCACUGCUUCAUUGUCUGACGGCACUGAGCCUCUGGCUCUGGCGCUCGCGCGAUGGCCCUUGUCUCUAGGUUGUCCCGACUAUGGGGCCCUUUGAACUGCAUAGAGUAGGUAGCAGGAUCUUUAGGGUUCUUGUUCCCACCCCGGGGAUUACUCUGCCUUCCCUUUGGGGGAGACCUUCUUAAGAAAGUGAGUAUCUAGCAAGUCCUGCCCAGGUUAACACCGAGGAUGGUGUAGGGGGUGGUCACACCAUUCCACUUGAGAUGAGUGCGGGUAGUUUGGAAGAACGCCUCCGAGCCAGCCAGCCAGGGCACUUGGUAGGUCCUUUCUGACCACAUGGCCCGCAGAGUGACCUGGCUAUCGGCUUCUUGGCCUACUGUUAGGUUUUUGACUCAGGACUCUGGUGUGAAGGCAGUGAGCCGAUGCGUCAGGCACUUCAGGACUUUGGCGGAAGUCUUCCAGGCAAGGGGGCUGGGUUUUCUGUCUGAAAGAGUGGAAUCAUGUUUCCAGUGACCCUGUCCUUUUGAAAUUUCUCAUUUGUGUGUGUGGGUGUGGCAAACAUGGUUGUCAGGAUUCACCAUUAGGGCUGGACACAGACUCUCUUACUGACUCAGGACCGCGUCCACUUGUACCCAAGUUUGAACGCCAUGCCCGUGGUGCCGUCACCACUACCCGCCUGGGGGAUAAUGAACCCUGUCACAGACGCUGUGUUCCCGGGGUACACCGUCCCCAAGAGGAGAACUAGCUUAUAGUCGGCAAGUUCUGGAAUUUCACAUCUUACUCUACCACUGUCAUUUUAAAGAUCAUCUAGACCCAGCUGGGUUUCACAGCAAACCAUCUGGGCUACCUCAGGUCCCCGCGCGUGCACGGGCUUGGCUGAGUCUGGUGGACGUGUCCCAGCCGGCCUCCUAUGUACUUUGGCAUCGAGCCUCAGUGUUGCUUGGUCUGAAGCUGGGCUUCCUUCCAUCUGGUGUAUUGGUGCGGAAGCAGGCCUCUUAGCUGCCACCGAAUCCUUCCCGUCGCAGAGAGAGCGUAUCUUUGCUGGUAUUUUGGGUCACUCUAGAACUUUUCUUCAUGCUGUUUUCCCUGAGACCCGUGACUGAUUGGCCUCCCUCUUCUAUUGUCGAAGGGCGUUGAGUAAAAAGACCAUGUGGUGAAUAAAAGACUCAAGGAAAACUUGGGACCAAAACCCUUUUUGCGUCUAAAAAAGGGCAAACAGUAAACUGAAAUUUCACAUAAUUUUCUAAUAAUAGCCAUGUUAGAUUUAAUCUGUUAUAUUUUAUACAAAUAAACUUUAAAAUGGUUAUUAAAGAGUUUAAGGGAAAGUGUACACAUUAUAAGAAUUUCAUACCUGCCAUACUUAAAUUACGUUCUGCUUGGGGGCUGGGGAAUGUAUUUUUACAUUGUUUAUAGCCAGCUUUUGUAUUUAUCAACUUAAAUCCUGUGGGUCUUUUUUUUUUUUUUUUAUCUCUCUCAAUGUCAAAUUUUGUAGUUUUCUUUUUAAAUAAAUCCAUUUUAUUGUCUACGCCUUUGUAGUGGUUUUGUUACUACAGAGGCCUGAUGUUGAAGAUGAACCCUUUCCCAGAGUUCUGGGAGUGGGCUGGGCAAGCUUGGUCAGCGCUCACGUGGGACCCUGGACGGUGGUGCCCGCGCGCGAGGCACCGGCCGAAGGUCAGGACACACGCUGGAACGGAACUUGGAGGGGAUCCAUGUCCGAAGAGUUACAAAGGAAUGUCACAGACUAAACCCCUGUAAAUACUGACAUUUGGACUCUCCGCCACACUUCUCGUUGUGGCUCAGCGGUGCUAAACACGACCCAGGCACGUUCUCUUCAAGGCUCUUUGGUGACUGAGAACGUGUGGUGCGAAACGGGGGGUUGUGGGGAAGCGGCAAGUGUUCGUCUGCAGAAUUCCUGCCUCCAGCCUGUAUGAGAGCAACAAGACCUUUCUAGUCCUCGGGAACUCACUGGGAUUUGUACAUUCCUCAGAGUUUUGUGUCGUUUUGAUAAAGAGCUUUGUGUUGGGGCGCCGGCCAGCUCGGUCGGGAGAACACGUGACGCUUGAUCUCAGCGCUCUGAGUUCGAGCCCCAUGUUGGGUGGAGAGAUUACUUAAAUUUAAAAAGCGGGGGAGGGAGUGUGUCUCAACUGCAAGGCGCAGAAAACCUAAAUAUAAAGGUCUUAAACAGUAAGGAAGAGUUAUUUCGUAAUGAGCCCCGGUCGGGCAGUUCUGUGGCUGGUCCGAGGUCAGUGGCUCAGCGGUAUCAUCAGGGACCCAGACUUCCGUGCUUUUCCGCCCACCUGUCUUCUGCUGUGAGGUUUUAUCCUCGGACUGACCCCUCUGGUGGAGCACAGAGGCGCCAUCUCCAGGCCUCGUCCGCUUGCACAGCCAUGUCCAAGGUCCAAAGAGAAUGGAGUGUGUAUUCCUCCAUCUCCAAGGUGUUCCUUUUUCACAGAAGGUCCUCGGUGGGUUUCACCUACUUGUCUUACUAAAGGACUUUCAGUGCCCAUUUCUAAAUUAUUUACCGACAUGCAGAAUGGCAUUACCGAAACUGGCCUAAAGGAAUCCAGAUCCCUCUCCUGAGGUGGUGAGUCCCCUUUGAAGCGGAUAGUCUUCUGUUACCCGGACAGAUCGGCUCUGAUAGUAAGAGAAGGGCCAUGGGCGUGGGGUUCAACAGGGUCUAUUGUGAGCAUGUCAGGCCCCAGCUAGGGCCAAUGAAAUGCCCAGUGUAAGAAAUGUCUGUAGGCCUGAAUACCCCAAAACAAUGUAAAAUAGAAAAACCAACAGUUUUGAUGUUUAGACUAAAUUAUAAUUGUACAAGUACUGUGUACCAUGGAAAA